UCUUCCCACAACACCGCGGAAAUCGAAAUAUUUCUGCACCCUUCACACAUUUCCCAGUCUACAAGUCAACGAAACUUGUCCAAGAUGUCGCUCUCCGCGCAGCAGAUCAUCGAUGCUGUCAAGGGCAUGUCUGAACUCGAGAAACGGAAGGUACUCCGGCAUCUCGCUUCUGCCCAGGGCAUCACCGAUGAGCGGGUUAUCGAGCCCGCCGAGAACACAUCUGUGCCUCUGAAAAAGGCAGUCAACGGAUUCAUGGCUUUUCGAUCUUUCUAUUCUACGGUGUUCCAAGGCCUGCAGCAGAAAGAGAGAUCCGGAUUUCUGACUGCACUCUGGGACGUGGAUAACUACAAGGGGGAGUGGGAGUUUCUGGCCAAGAUCUACUCCUAUGUCCGCAAUGAAGUAAUGAAGGACAUGCCCGGUGCCCGGACAUCCAUGCGCGACUUUCUUGAUGUCGCCUGCCCAGUCAUGAACAUCGUUGGCGCGACCGACUAUUUGCAGGCCUUCAACUGGCAGUUGAUCCCGAACGGCGAAGAUAAAUACGAGCUGAAGCAGUAUGCUCUGCCGCUGGUCCAGAAGGCAACUCCUAUGAUGACUGGUUUUGACCUGCUCUGCCACUGUCUUGUCAAUGGCUACAAGGUGCACAAUGGCCAGAACAUCUUAUUCCGAAUGGUCGGAAAGCCGGAAAACAUCAUGACGACAGCCUCAUUCGCCACUAUCCCCGCUCCUGACUUGGAUGCUGCGGACUCGUCGUUCAAGAAUGACUUCCUGAGUAUGAUUUCUCAGAACCCGCUCUUUGCCGCUUCAAUGAUAGUCCAGGACACGGUUCAGCACUCCCCUGAGGUGCAUGGAGUCAACGUCCUCCGUGUCCGUGACAUCAACCAAAUUCCGGACGACAUGCUUCGCAACCGUGGGAGCUCUACUCAUUACCAUCAUGGCGAUCUGUCCCACCUUGUCAACCAGUACAGCGAUGCUUCCGAUGCGGAGGGAUUCACGUUUGGCGAUGAUAUCAUGAACACGAACCCAGUUGACGACAGCACGAACGAUGCCGCGGUGGCAAACACCACGUCCCUUGCCUUUGAGGUGGUCACUGCACUGGGCCCCGAUUUCAUGCAAUUUCCCUCCCUGUGAAGGCAACAUUUCUUUCCUGUUUUGGUCACGAAUCACGAAGAGCUGGUCAAUUGGACUCUCAGAAAUCUGAGGUGACAUCAGAGAGAUUAUGUCACGCACAAAUCGAUGGAGGAGGUAACAAGGAAAAGGAGUAAUUAGAUCAGUGUCAUUUCCGUAAUGAGAAACAUUGCAUUCGGC